GGUGCGUGCGGUGGAGCCGCAGCCAGAGCCCGGCCGGAGCCUGAACCUGAGCCAGGGCGGGGUCGCAGCUGCCGCGGCCCUGGGGGCACUGAGCGCUCUCCCGCCCGGACCCCGGCGAGGGACGCGUCCUACUGUCGGACGGCGGCCGGCGUUGGCACGAGGCCCCUGCCCCACAGCUGAAGACGGACUCCACCGGGACCGGCACCCUGGGGCAGCGUGUGAGGCUGCCGAUCAGGCGGCCGCAGAGUCCCGGGAGUGCGCGGGACCGGCAGUCGCCGCUGCCACCACCGCUGCUGCUGCUGCUGCUGCUGUCGGGACUGGUGCGGGAGGGCGCAGCAGAGAGUCCCUGGGGGCUGCCCUUGGUGGCCGAUAGCCCGGCGGCCAGGGCAGAGGUGGUGAUGGCAGAACUGGCAAACCUGAAGUUGGAAAAGAAGCCAUGGCCUACAGGGACACACUCGCUCCACUACUACUACCUGACCCUGUCAGAGCCAGGCCCAAGCCUCCCUAAGUUUCUGGCUGUAGGCUACGUGGACGACCAGCCCUUCAUCCGGUUUGACAGUCGUGUGGGCAAGGCUGAGCCCCAGGCCCCGUGGAUGACGCCAAUGGAUGCCCAGUACUGGGAGACGGAGACCAGGAAGCAGGAGAAAUGGGCGGAGGUGCAGCAGGUGGAGAUGUGGACGGUGAUGGGCUACCACAACCACAGCAGCGGGAUGCACAGUACUCAGCGCAUGUUCGGCUGUGAGAUCCAGGAAGACGGCCGCUACAGGGGCUUCUGGCAGUUUGGCUACGAUGGGCAGGACCACCUGUCGCUGGACCUGGAAACCCUGAGCUGGGUGUCAGCUGAGCCCGUGGCCAUACGGACCAAGCACUGGUGGGAGACAGAGCGCUGCUACGCAGAGUACGACAAGGCCUACCUGGAAGGCCCCUGCCUUGCCUCUCUGCACAGAUACCUGGAGCUGGGAGGCCAGAGAUUCAGCCGGAGAGAGCCACCCACAGUGCGGAUAACAGAGCACUCGGCCAAGGAUGGCGGCACCAUCCUGAGGUGCUGGGCCCUGGGCUUCUAUCCACACAACAUCUUGCUGAGCUGGUGGCUGGGGGAGAAGGAACUGGACUCCGAGUGUGCGGAGACACGCCCCAGUGGGGACGGCACCUAUCAGACGUGGGCGGCUGUGUGGGUGCCGGCGGGGAAGAAGGCCCAGUACACCUGCCGCGUGCAGCACUCCAGCCUGAACCACACGCUCACUGUGUCCUGGGAGUCCUCUCAUCCUGGACUUACUGCUGUGGUUAUCUCCCUCAUCCUGGUCUUGCUGGUGGUUGUUGGUGGUGUGACCUUGACCAAGUGCAUUCAAGCCAGAAAUAAGGAAUCUUACGAGCAAGCCUCAGGUGGAGAGGACCCCCAUAAUUCCCAAAGCCCAGCAAGAGCAGGGGCUACUCCACUCAUCUGCUGACUGAAGGUCACCGUCACAGAUCAAGGAGGUGUUUUGUGGGGUGUUUGGGGACCUGAAGGCCCCCGGCACUGGCUGGCUGGUAUGAAAUCUGACUGUGAAGGGCCCACCCCACCCCGAAACUGAGGCGUCCUCACCCCUAACAGUCUUGUUACAAGUGGUCUGUGCCACUAGGAUGGCUUUGCCAUCUUCCUGAAGUCCUUUUAAAAGUCUAAUUAUUUCCUGUUCCGGGGACGAGGAGAAGGGCAGUAGUAAUUCCUCAGAUUGUUUUACACUUGACAGUUUGCAGAAUGGUUUCAUGUUAAGUGUAAAUCCCACUUGAGCUUCUCAGGCACCCUGUGAGAGUUUGGCUAUGUUAUUCUCAUUCCCACUUCCCGAACGUGAAAACCAAGGGUCUGGGCAGUCAGGGAAGAACCAGAACAAUAGUCAAAGAGUUACAGGGGCAGCAUCCUUCAUGCACCUGCUAGCGUCAGCAAGAAAUGGCUGAAUGCCUGCCUCAUUUAUAAGCGUGUUCUUUUAUGUAUGUCUGAUCCGCUUUUGGGAAGAUUCGAGUGUUGGGGCUGUGAGGGUGUAGGGGAGGCGGCAAGGGUGGGAACAUGUGUAUGUGAGGGUGUGUGGGUGUGUAUGUGUGAGGGUGAGAGGAUAUAGGGUGUAUGUGAGGGUGAGUGUGUAUGUGGUAUGUGGGUGUCCUUGUGUAUAUGAGGAGAAGCUCAGAGAGACAGGUGCCUGGGGGCCUGUUCGUUGGUCCCAGGCAGUUGGAGGAUGAGAAACAACACAGGCCAUAUUUUCCAUUAUUUCCUGUCCUUUUGAAUGAUUUGAAUUUUUGCAAUAAGCACGUGUUACUGUUAAAUAAGGGAAAGACCCCUUUUCGCUGUGUCCUGUGGAAAUGCUUGUGAAGGAUAUGUCUGGAGAAGGCCCAGCCUCACCUUUGCAUCUUCAGUGGACCAGAAACCCCAUGUCUCCUCUGUGAACAAGAAUCCAGUCUCACGGCCAUUUGAUGUGCUAAGGGGCUGGGACUCCAGAGCCCUGGCAGAGAGAGGGAGUGCUCACAAAGGACACAAGGCCAGACCCCUCCCAGGGCACCCUCUGCCUCCCCUUCAGCUGACCCCAAGGUGUGACAGAGCCUCCUGUGGGGACUUUUGAAACCUCCGUGUCUGCAGCCCUGGGAGGC